AUCUAACGUGUCACCAGUACACCACCAGCUCAGCAGCUUUCUACCUCUGUACUGUUCUGUUUCUUCACGACCACCAUGAAAUUAAAGGAGAUACGCAGAACGUCCACAUUUGCAUGGUCGCCCCUCCCUUCUCUUCCGUUGCUGGCCACCGGAACUGUUGCUGGUGCACUUGACGAAUCGUUCAGCAAUAACGGCCAACUAGAGAUAUGGGCACCUGACUUCUUGGACAAGAAUGAGUUCGACAUGGGAGGAGAAGGUCAACCAGGACCGAAGGCGUCCGUCACAACUAGUUCUCGGUUCAACCGCUUAGCGUGGGGUUACACAGAUGGAAGUCGCGAACGUGGCGUACUUGUUGCGGGUAUGGAGAAUGGAGAACUGGAUAUCUGGGAUCCUUCGAAGAUCGUGGCUAAUGCGGACCCAAGCAAGUCACUGAUUCUGAGGAACAAGACACAUACAGGACCUGUCCGCGGUCUUGACUUCAAUCCAAUACAAACGAAUCUUUUCGCCUCCGGCGCCGUUAAUGGAGAGAUCUACAUAUGGGACCUCAAAGACCCAAGCAAGCCCUACUCCCCUGGCACCCGCAGUACAAAACUCGAUGAGAUAACCGCACUUGCAUGGAACCAUCAUGUACAAUAUGCUCUUGCGGCGUCCAGCAGUACAGGAUACACUGUUGUUUGGGAUCUACGUGGAAAACGCGAAGUUGCCGCUCUCGCAUAUGGCGGUGGAGCAGGUACUUUGGCUGGCGGCAUGCAGGGACUUGGUGCUGCAGGGUUGGCGGUUGGCGGACGAAGGGGAAUGAGUGACGUCGCAUGGCAUCCGGACAACGCUACUCGUUUGGUUACGUCCUCGGAAGAUGAUACUUCACCUAUCAUCAUGAUGUGGGAUCUUCGUAAUGCGCGAGCACCCGAGAAGAUUCUCACCGGACACGAAAAGGGUGUGUUGUCCCUAUCAUGGUGUAAGCAAGAUGCGGAUCUGUUGCUCUCCUGCGGCAAGGACAACCGCGCAUUGUGUUGGAACCCUCAGACGUCAGAGAUCAUAGGCGAACUCCCCUCUGCAGAUAAUUGGGCCUUCCAAGUCGAUUGGUGUCCACGUAAUCCAGAUCUGUUUGCUGCCGCGUUCUUCGAUGGGACCAUCGGCAUUCAUUCCAUCCAGUCCACGAACGAGCCUCAAGGUCAAGCUGCUGCUGUUACUCAGGGUGACGCUUUUGAUGUCUUUAAUCAACCUGGUUUCUCUCGCGCAUCUCAAGCUACAUUGUCUUUGACUCAACCACCAAAGUGGCUCCGUCGUCCUACGUCAGCUUCGUUUGGGUAUGGUGGCAAACUCGUGUCUGUGUCCAACCUGCCUUCUUCCCAGGGCAAGACCCAGAGCAGCAUUGUCCACAUUCGGAAGGUCGCAACUGAACAGGCGAUCGUGGAGCGCGCCAAGGAGCUACAGGCCGCUAUAGAGGAACAGAAGUUGAACGAGCUCGCUGAACAAAGGAGUGCCAAGACUGACGAUGAACAGACACCUGCCGCAGAAAGUUCUGCUGGUUGGAAGGCAUUGCUAAGUCUGUUUAAAGCGAAUUCACGGGAUGAGCUGAUCACCUUGCUUGGGUUCUCGAAAGCAGAGAUCGCAAGCAGGGUGGCAGAGGCCGUUGAAAAGUUGAAGGCUGUAACAGAAGCUGAGCACGCUCAAGACACAACCGAGACUUCACCCACCGAGCAAGACGACACUGAAUUCAAGCCUCACGAACCUGUUGUCUCAUUCGCCGAACCUGAGCGUGAAUCUAGUCCCGAGUUCGACAACGAAGAUACUGUCGAUGCCAGCGCACUUGCCACGGAGAAUACUCCCUCAGAGGUCAGCGCUGGCGCAGCUUCCGACACCACGAGUGCAACUCGUCUGGCCGAUGGAGAGUCCACCACAACUGCUCCGUCUCUCUUCGGCGACGAGAUUGUCGGUGGUACUCCUCAGACAGAUGCCGCUGCUGAUUUCUUCGGUAGCAUCGGCACUGCCCGAUCGGACGAUGACCAGCAUAUGGAGGUUCCUCACCACAAUUAUCCCCUUGACUCCUCCGUCGCCGCUACUAUUGGCUCAAGGCCUUCGUCUGUUGCUUCAGAGAGCCUGAAGAGCAACACUUUCCGUAUCUACCCCAACGACGAGUCUGAGACCGACCGCUUAGUUACCAAGGCUUUGGUAUUGGGUGACUUUGAGUCUGCUGUAUCGCUUUGCCUGUCUUCUGAUCGGUUUGCCGAUGCCAUCCUCUUUGCUGUUCGCGGCGGACCCGAGCUUUUGCAGAGUACUCAGAAGGCAUACUUCGAGCGUCGAACCACGGCUCACCCAUACCUUCGUCUCUUCCAGUCCAUCGUUACCAACGAUCUUGCCGAUAUCGUUCAGAACGCUGACUUGCAAGAGUGGCAAGAGACUUUCGUGGUGCUUUGUACUUUCGCUGGUCAAGAGGACUUCUCGAGUUUGGCCGAACAAUUGGGUCAACGGUUGGAGUUCCAGUCUAGCUUGGCCAAGGUUUCGACCGUGGCUGAUGUCGCGGAGAAGGCGAAAGACUUCAGGAAGAAUGCCACGUUGACGUAUUUGGCUGCGGGCAAGCUGGAGAGGUUGGUCAAUAUCUGGAUUGAGGAGCUGGCGGAAGAGGAGAAGACAUUGUUGGUGGACAAGGAACAUUUGCACGGAUCACGUUACACUGCACAUGCUGUCGCUCUCCAAACAUUCAUUGAAAAGGUCACCGUCUUCCGAAGUGCAAUCAACUACGAGGAUACCGAUCUCCACCUCAAACCAACUGGCGAGGAGGAGGAGGCUGAAGCAAGAACAUAUAAACUGGCGGGAUUGUAUGAUCGAUACUUCGAGUACGCUGACUUGUUGGCUACUCAAGGAUUGAUCAAGGAAGCUGUUGCGUUCUUGAAGCUGUCUCCUUCCGAGUACCAUGGCUCUCAUGGUUCUCACUUGGACUUCGCCGAGGGUCGCGAGCGUCUGUUAACUGCCGCUGGUGUGAGCACGCUGCCAGUGCGAACUGCUUCCCUGCCAUCGGCUCCUGCAAUUCCUAGCAAGUUGGCUCCUGUUGCCUCAACAAGCAAUGUUUAUGCUUAUGGUCAAUAUGGCGCUCCCCAACAGCAACCUGCGGCCACUGUUGCUGCCACGUCUGUGUAUAACGCCUAUGCUCAGUCUCAACCUGCCCAGCCUGUGCAGCCCUCCGGCCCAUAUGCUCCUCCCAUUGCCGCUACACAAAGUGCCCCUCAGCCAUACCAAUCUCAACAGUAUCAGGGCGGUCCGUAUACAUCAGUGACUGCCUACUCACAACCGCCUCAGCCACAACAGCAACAUCUACAACGGGCCAACGGUACGGCAGCAGCUCCUCCUCCAGGCCCUCCACCUCGAGGAGCUGCUGCAAUCAAACGAGAUAAUGGUGGAUGGAACGAUGCACCUACUGUCAGCCAGCGUCGCACCCCUAGCAACUUGCCAUUGAGUAAGCCGGCAGCUAUCACAGCACCGUUCCCCAACUCUGCGCCAUCACCCCCUAUUCCUAGCACACCACCCUUCUCUGCUGGGCGUGGCCACGCCCCACAUAACUUGCCUCCUCCUCCAAGGCCAGGCAGUGUUCAGCGCCCUCCGCCGCCACCACAGGGACAAGGGAUUGCACCACCUCCUCAUAUGAGACCACCUUCUGGUCCUCCCGGUCCUAGCGCGUCCCAAUUCAUACCUCCGCCACCCAGUCGGAUGAUGUCGCCUCCACAUGGUGGACCAGGUACACCGGUCAGAGCGCCAGGUGAAUAUGCAUACCCUCCUCGCUUUCCAGGACAACAUGCACCUCCUCCACCUCCCGGACAUGCCCAAGGGCCUUAUUCGCGGAUAACGCCAUCUCCAACCUUCUCUCGUGGUACUCCUCCGCCUGCUCAAGGACAACCUAGUCCUUAUGCACCACCACCUCAGCAAGGCUCGUUCGCUCCUCCGCCUCAACAGCCACAGGGACCUUAUCCCCCUCAACAACCACCGAGUUCCUUUGCUCCGCCACCGUCCCAGGUAGCACCUAGACCUGGACCUCCCGGGCAAGCUGGUGGUCCGCCACCUCCAGGCGGUCCUGCUCGAGGACCGGCCUCUGCUGUUCUUCCACGACAGACUGGUCCCCCACCACCAAAAUACCCCCCUGGUGAUCGAAGCCAUAUUCCUAAUCACCUCCAGCCUGUGUAUCAGGUAAUCAAUGGCGAGCUGGACCGGUUAAAGCGAACGACACCUCCCCAACAGAAACGACUCGUUGAUGAUCUCGAAAGGCGCAUCAACCCGUUGUUCGACGCUCUUAAUUGUGAGACACUGUCGAAAUAUGUUUGCGAUCAGCUGAUUGUCUUGUCACAAGCUAUGGCUGCGCACGAUCGGGAGUCUUCCCUCGCUCUCCACGUUGAAUUGUUGACUAGAGGUUCACUUACGGAUGACAUCGGAUUGUGGAUGUCUGGGGUAAAGCAGCUUAUUAUGCGUCUGUAGGUGGAGUUCAAGCGGCGUUUUGGUAGUCAGGGUUAGUGUAUGUGACCAAAACAAACCUGUAGGGCAGUUCCUAGCUUGUCUUGUAAUCUUCGUUUUGUUCAAUCCUAGAAUCUCUGGUAUUUAUGUAGGAUACACUAUGAAAGAGUGGUAUGGAGUCUUUCGUAUUAGCCUGCCAUUACAGAUGGUUCAAGAUAUGUUAACUACAUGGCUUGUUUGCAGUGGUCCGGGCGGUACUGGUGCUCAGAAGAAUUUUGGUCCAUAGUUGAUGAGAAGCUCACAUCCUACAGGAAUGUCGACACCUAAUAUAUAUCAAUGCCGUAUUGGCGACAUGUUGGUUGGUGUAGAGGGAUGAAUACUUACUAGUAUAGACACCGAUCCGCUGGUCACCAUUAACGAAGGAGACUGGUAACAAGAAUGCGACGAAAAUGUUAUGAGCGUGGACAUAAGCCGGAGAGGCGACAAGAAAACCUACUUCGUACAACACAGUUGGGGUCGAAUGAAUGAUUUAUAAAACGCGACUC